UGCUGCUGGCUCUCUCCACUCCCAAACUCCCGGCACAGCAGUAAAAGCACUAGGGGGCGCAAGUCUAUAUUUUCGCGCCAAGAAUCCCUGCACAGUGAUGACGUUGCAAAUCCAUCUCCCCGCUGGACCUUUGCAGAGUGGCCGAAGUUCUUGGGAAGCAGUGAUGGCGCGUAGGAAGGGUUCCACGUGGGCAAAUAAGGAGAUAGAUCUGCUCCUGAGAAGUGUUAGGGGGAGCGGAAAAUUAAAGAUGCUCAUGAGGUCCCGUUCUAUGCCCAUUCUUCCUGUGCAUAGAGAGGUAGCAGCGCAUUUAAAAAAGCAUGGCUACAACCGCACCGUCGAAGAGGUAUUCAUUAAGUUCAAAAAAACGCGUGAUACCUUUUUGGACAGUGUGAAUAAUUUUGGGCCAUCACCCCCCAAAGAAAAACAACCACCCUUUUUCAACCUAAUGAAAGAGCUGUGGCUUAUGGCCGGGAACAAUGGCUCCCAGGAAAAAAAUCCAUCGGAUGUUACUGAUGAACCUAGCACAAGUGGAAUCCAAUCGGGACCACCAGGAAUCCUUGCAGCAAGUGACAUCUUGCCAGAAACCCAAACUCUGGCAGAACUUCAACAAUCAGUGCAAUCUUCCUUGAAGACUCAGCUAAACAUAAACAGGAAAAUUGUAAGAGUCCUUCAGAAAAUGGAUAGAAGAAUAAAGAAAUUAGAGAACAUUGUUAAAGUGCAGCUGGAAAACACAUCCACCACUUAAUUUUAUACUGAAAUGUUAUUUUUUCUAUAUUGUUAUUAUUUUUUUUAUUAAACCUUUUGUUGACUUGCAUCCAAAUUUGGAUAUGGUAAAAGAAUAUUGUUCCAAGGGAACCAGAGUUAUUUUUACAAAUUUUUAUUCCCCAAUUUCUGGGUAAUCUUUUGUUUGUUAUCACGUUUUGAGAAGAUUGUUUUGUUUUAUUUCGUUGCAGUGUAAUAAAUGCUAUUUAUAUUUAAUAACUCGCAUCUGUUGCCAUGCUUAACAGUAGUGUCCUUUACUUCUAUAUAAAAAUACCUGUUCAGACUGGCAGAUUGAUAAUUUCUUGAAUAUCAUGCCACAAAGUACAGGAAAUACACACUGCCAAGAGCAUCAAAGGUAUAUAGUUUCAUAAAGAUAGAGUU